AUGACUCGUCGGACGAUUCCGAUGUGUCGAAGUGCAACUCCAAUUCAGAAUACUGCCAGGAUGCAGGUCUGCUGCGCGUCUCCGGCGCCGAAUCGGCAGACGUAUUUCACUGUGUCAAGGGAGCUUUCUGCACCUUCAACAUCACUGGGGACAUGCUGCAAAGUGGGGACCAUGUACAGCCCAUUGCGUUUGGCGGUCGCUGUGGCUCUGCCUCUGCAGUCUCCGACUUCGACAUCCUGCGGCCUCAGGCCGAUAGAGACUCAGACAUGA